AUGGAAUUGCUUGAUCCCAGAGUAGAUUUUGUCUUCAAACGUAUCUUUGGCAGUGAAAAUAAUAAAGACGUAUUACUGGCAUUUCUGAAUCGAGUCCUUACUGAAGCAGGAGAUCCACCACUUACAGAGAUCAUCCUCAUGAAUCCUUACACGGACAAAGAUGACCCGCUGGAUAAGCAAUCCAUCUUUGAUGUUUAUGCAAAAACCUCAGAGGGAAAACUGAUUGAUAUUGAAAUGCAGCUAUUUAAUAAGUACGACAUUGAGAAAAGAACGUUAUUUUAUUGGAGUAAACGCUAUUCCAGUCAACUUCAUGAGGGAGAGAAGUACCAGGAGUUGAAAAAAUGCGUCACAAUUAAUAUCCUGAACUAUGCCUUUUUAGCCAACGAUGAUUACCAUAGUACAUUUCAUCUGAGAGAAGACCGGACAGGUUUAACCCUAAUUGAUGAUAUCGAAAUUCAUUUUCUGGAAUUACCUAAGUUAGAUGACGUUAUUCCAUCACAAGGUGGUCUUGAGAACUGGUUGUUGUUUCUGAAGGGUGUGGAUACUACACAUUGGGAGGUGCUGAAGAUGAAUGAACCAGGAUUAGAGAAGGCUAUGGAUACCUUGCAAUUUUUGAGCCAGGAUUCCGAAGCCCGUCGCUUGUACGAAGCGCGUCAGAAGUAUUUACAUGAUGAAGCGUCAAUGCUCGAAGGAGCUCGAAAAGCGGGUAUCACUGAAGUGGCCAAAAAUAUGCUCGAUUUGAAUUUGGAUAUAUCUACCAUCGCUAAGGCAACUGGGCUCACUGAACAGGAGAUCAUUCAAUUAAAAAAG